AUGAGCUCACCUCAUAUCGAAAUAAAUUCAAACCAUAUUUUAGAUAGAUCAAGUUCAACUUCAAAUAAUAUUCUUCCCCCACUUGAUUUAUCAGGAAAAUGUUGUGGUUUAUCAUCAUCAACUCCACCCACACCCUCAAUAGCAUUAAACUCUAUUGAAAUAAAUAAUAAAAGUGGUAGUUUUUCACCUUCUUUUUCAAAUUGUACUUUAUCUAUUGAAAAUCGAAUUCCACAACAAAAAAAUAAUGUUAAUAACUGUAAUAUUAAUAACCCGAAUAAUUGUGAUACUAAUACUGAAAAUGAUAAUUAUGAUAGUUCAAAACCAAACCCAGACGGAACAAGAGCAUUAUUUACUACUUCAAACAAUACCGCCAUUCCGAAUGAGACAAAUACAUCACCACAACUAUCACCAUCAUCUUCAACAACAACAACAACCACUACAUCUACACCAAAUUUAAAAGACCAACAGCAACAACCUUAUUUAGGUAAAAGAAGAUCCUCAUUGCAAAUUAAUGAAGCAUCACCUAAAUUUAUAACAACUCCAUCAGUUGAAAAAACAAUAUGUAUAUUAGAUUAUUUACCAUGUCCAGUUUUUCAAAUUGGAAUUGUAGAGAAUAGUGAAAAUGGCAACAUCACACUAAAUGGAUUUGCAAAUGAACGUCUUACAACUCUUUUAUCUUGCUCAUCAAAUCAACUAGUUGACUCUCUAAAAUCAAUUCCAUCACCACACUAUAAUACAUUUCCACCACUAGAAAACAACUCAUUACCAAUAAAUAAUUUGGCCCCUGGUUUAUUACCAAAUACCGAUCCAACUAAAAUUUUAGAUCCAUAUAUUUCAUUGUACAAUAAAAAGCAACAAGAACAAAAGCAGCUAGAGGAAAGUAAUAGCAACAUUUCAAACCAACAACCACAAGAACAAGAAAAAAAUAAAGAGAACAUUGAUCAAGAUAUUAGUAUUACAAAAAACUUAACUACUGAUGAAACAAUAUCAUUAAAUGAAUCAACCAAUUCAAUUUCAAAACCAAAUUCAAUUCUUCAGUGUAUACUAGACUCUUUUCAUGAACAAAAAGCAAUUACAGAAAAGGUUUUAUUAAGUAACUUUUUAAUUAGACAACAAUACAAAGCCAAAGCAACCAUUAAACCAUUUCCCGAUGGCUGUUUGUGUAUAUUUGAAAACAUUGUAAAUAUCAAUUUAAACUAUCAACCAAAAUCAUUUUUCUCAUCUUUACAAAAUGAAAUGGAAAUGUUAAGCUUAUCACCAGAUGCACACAGUUCUCCAUUUUUACACUCUGCUUCAAACAAUUCAUUAAACUCUAUGAUAUCAGCUGGCUCUUCCUCAUCACUAUCUUCUGCAUCCGCUUUAUCCGCCAACCAAUCAUCUGUUUUAUCAAGUGAUGGUGUUGCGACCUCAAAUGGUAGUGGUAGCAACUCAUAUAGUAAUUGUAGCAGUAAUUUUAGUGUUAAUAAUAGCAAUGGAUCAUUACCAACAUCAUCAUCAGUAUCAUUAUCAUCAUCAAAUGGCUCAACACCAACCAAAAAAGAACAUAACAAAUCAUUUCAUUCACAUAUACCAAAGAGUAGCAAGCACUCAAGAAUUUAUUCUUUACUAUUAAGUAGUUUCGAAAAUCUUUCUUUUCUUUUAAAAACAACACCUUUAAUAGUAUGGAGAGCCGACCACAAUGGAAACAUAGUAUUCUUUAAAAAGCUAGAUGAAAUACCCAUUGAUGAUAAAAAAUGUAGUGGUAAUAGUUUCGAAGAUUUCCUUGGAUGGGUUCCUCCAACUUAUCGUACAAAUUUCUCUGAAAUGUUUGAAAACAAUUUAAAGACCCUUAAACUUUUCGAAUUUCUCUACUGGUUCCAAACUCCAAACAAUUAUGUUCAACUUUACAAGAUUGCAGGUUAUCCAAUAUUUAACGAAGAUGAGAAUAAAGGUGUAGUAUGUUCAAAGAAACAAGUUAUAGGUUGGCUCGGUGUCACAUUUAAUUAUUUAAUUAAUGAUGGUGCUGAAAUCAGUAUAAAAGGUAGUGCAAAUCUAGACUGUAUGUUAGAGAAGUUUAAAUCAUUAUACGAAAUGCCAAAUAUUGAACGUACAAGACUAUGUUCGAAUUUAAGUGGUCCAAGUGAAUCCUCAUCAUCAAUAUUAUUGGAAAAAAAGAAACAUUUAAUUUCAGAAGCUGAAAAAGAAUGUUUCUUAAAAUGUAAAGAUACAUAUAAUAUUUUAUUUAGAUUAAGUUUAUUAGGCGUUAUGUUUUCAACAUUUAAAGGAAUAGUUUUAGAUGCCAACGAUAUGUUAUUACAAACUAUAGGUUAUACUAGAGGCGAUUUAGAAGAAGGAAAAAUAGAUUGGAUGCUAUUAACACCACCCGAAUAUUUCGAAAUUUCAGCAAGAGCUUUACAAGAGUUAAAAUCUAAAAGAUGGUGUCAACCUAUUGAAAAAGCAUAUACUCACAAGAGUGGCAAAAGAGUACCCGUUUUAAUUACAUCCGCAAUGAUUGAUGGUAGUACUGAACAAUGUAUAACAUUUGUAUUUGACCUUAGUAGAUAUAGACAAGCUGAAUUAGCUGCCAUUGAAGCUACUCGUCUUAAAACCCAAUUCAUUACAAACAUUAGUCACGAGCUACGUACUCCAUGCCAUGGUAUUGUUGGUAUGAGCCAAUUAUUAUUAGAUUCAAAUUUAACUCCAACCCAAAGAGACAAUGUAGACUCUAUUAAGAGAUCAACUGACUCAUUAAUUUCAUUAAUUAAUGAUAUUUUGGAUUUCAGUAAACUCGAGUACGGAAAAGUCACAUUAGAAAACGAAAGCUUUGAACUCUUACCAAUGAUUGAAGAGGUUCUCGAAUCUCAAACAUCUGUAGUAAACCACAAAGGUAUCGAUUUAAUAUUUACAAUGGGUAGAGACUAUCCAGUUCCACCAGUUAUUUUUGGUGAUAGAAACUCAUUAAAGAAGGUUUUAUUAAACCUUGUAGGAAAUGCCACCAAAUUUACAGAGUCUGGUUUUGUUUUGCUUGAAAUCUCUACCGACUAUGUAAGUGGCGAUCAAAUAUCUCUUCGUUUUACUGUUAAAGAUAGUGGUAUUGGAAUUCCAGAAGAUAAGAUCGAACAAAUUUUCAUUCCAUUUGGUCAAGUAGAUGGUUCAUUUAGUAGAAAAUAUGGUGGCUCAGGUCUUGGCUUAUCAUUCUGCAAAGAAUUGGUUGCUUUGAUGGGUGGCUAUAUUAGAGUGGAAAGUGGGGAUCAAGAUGGCAAAGGUACAACAUUUUGGUUUUCAAUUAAAGUUCCAAUUUCCUCACCAUCCUAUUUACCAAACAGUGUCCCAGCUGCUAAUCAAUUUUUUUACCCCGAAUAUCGCCCAUCACAUGUAAACGCUAGCUCAAAGAAUUGUCUAAUUGUUGAGUCAAACCAAUUAGUUGUGAUGUCUAUUCAAUCGAUACUGUUAUCAAUGAAAUGUGAAUGUAUUAAUGCAUCAAAACUUAAUACUGCUGCUGAUAUUAUUGAAACCUCAAAGAGUACAAAUACUCCAAUUAAUGUUAUUAUCAUUACAGACAAACUCACAUUUAUAGAUGAAUUAUUGGAAUUAGUAACCGACGAAAAGGUAAUAAUUUAUGGUACAGAUAUAAAUUCAAAAUGGUUACAAAAUCAAAAAGUUUUCUCCUACCUAUUAACACCAAUAACAUACAGUAAAAUAAUCAAUUCAAUUAUAAGAAGUAAAAACUUAUUAAAAAAUGAAAUGGAAAAUAUUAAUCAACUUAAUAAUAACACAAAUAACUGUAAUGAUAAUACUGACAAUAUCGACAACAAUGUCAAUGUAAAUAAUAAUAAUAAUAAUAAUAAUAAUAAUAAUAAUAAUACUAAUAAUAAUAAUAAUAAUAAUAAUAAGAUCGUAGAGGUUCAAAAGCAACAACAAAUAUCACAACCAAAAAUAACGAAUGAAAUAGUAAUCCAAAAGAAAUAUAUAUUAGUUGCAGAAGAUAAUGAUAUUAAUAUCAAAGUUAUAGUUAGACAGUUGGAAAAAUUGGGAUAUACAGCAAUUAUAGGUAUCAAUGGUCUUAAAGCAUUAGAGGCAAUAGGAAGUGUACCAAUUUGCUUAAUCUUAUUAGAUUGUCAGAUGCCUGAAAUGGAUGGCUUUACAUGCUCAAAAAUUAUUAGAGAAAUAGAGCCAAAUUGUCAAAGAGUCCCAAUUAUUGCAAUGACAGCAAACGAUUCAAAAGAUAAAUGUUUUGAAGUUGGUAUGGACGAUUAUUUAUCUAAACCUGUCAAAAUUGAUAAACUUCAAAAAACUUUAUCUGAAUGGAUUAGUUUAGAUGAAAAUGGAAAUCCUUCAAAAACCUAUAACUUUUUAUCAUUGUCUUACUCUUUGUCCUAUAACAGCUUUAUGGAAUCAAUAAGUGAUGAUAAUAAUCAUCAAACUUAA